AUGUCGAGGAAUAAUUCUGCAUACCAGCCCAACCACUAUAGCACUGGUCAACAACCUCAAUACAAUCAAUACCAGCAAUCACAAGGCUACCACCAACAAUCUCAUCAUCAAAACUCCACCUAUCAACCGCAAGGACAAACAUACCAGCAAAACCCAUACACGCAAUCUCAUUCCACACAGCCCGGAAGCCAAUAUGUCACCUACCAAAAUUCCCCCUACAGCAAUAGUCAACAUCAGCAAGCCACCUAUCAAAACACAGCAACUACAUGGGCUCCGCAAUACCAGCAGCAACAACCUCUUACACAGCAAUCACUUCGAAGUUUGCCCGCACCUGGGAGAAAUAAUGUGAAUGUGUAUUUGAGAGAUGACCAGAAUUUUGAGAGAGUACCUCAAAAUUUAGAGACGAGACGUGAUGUUGGGCUUGCGGAAUGGGAGAGAAGAUGGGAUGCAGCUGGAAGGAGAUAG